GUAAAUAUCAGCGUUAGGGAGCAAGAAGAAGAAGCCUGCAGAAAUGGACCAGCUUGCAGAGUCUACCGACGACACUAAAGGCUCUUUGUUGUCCAAAAGGUCAGCGCCGAAGGAACCGAAGAAACCGAAGCAAGAUAAGGAGGAAGCGGCGCAAAACCCCGAUAAAUCGAAGAACCCCCUAAACCAGCCAGCAUCAUAUGCCACGGCAGAAUAUCCGCCCACUAAGGAAAAGCGGCUCAUGAGAAAACGCCGAAGCACCCUGAAACGCCGUAAGUCUCUGUCCCGCAGAGCGCUCACUAACUCGGGAGAGGAUGUCGCGCCUUCUUCCGUGCGUUCGAGUUCCCCAAAUCUGUCCAAAGGUUCAAAGAAACGUCGUGGCUCCCGGAAAGUCAAGCACAAGCCACCUUUGCCUGCGGAGGAACGUCAAGGAAGCUCGCACGGAAGACGCGCCACAAAAGCCACUCGUAGAACUUCUAAAAAAGCCGAAAAGGAAGCUUCUCCGCUUUUAGAGGGAGACCAAGGGGUGUCACGUGCACGAGGCCAAGUACUAAAGGCAAGUCUGCUGGAAAGCAGUGAUCAGGAUCAACCAGACACUACAAAACGUGUAGAAGUUGCAUCAGCACCACAGGACUGCAUUAAACAGAAAAUAAUUUGUCAGGGCAAGGGUGUGCCGCCGUCGAUACUGCCAGCUCCCGACAAGAGCGUAUCAAGUGACGAGUGCAUUCGGAAGCCAACAUACCUGAAACAAACACAGAAGGAUUCAACCUCUACUGGAGCUCGGUUGCCUUGGGCGCGGAUGCAGCAGCAGGACGCCAAUACGGGACAAGGGAUACUGCAGCCAGCCCACACCGAUAGACCUGAGGUUGAUGACGCGCCAGUUGGCCGUUCACUGCAAUUGGGGAACGCGGAAUCUACUUCAGAGGAGGCGAACACGAACGCUGCUGGCCAUCACCGGGUUGUUCUGCUAUCGCCCGCGCUGCUGCCCAACUCUGUGCGAGAUCUGGGCACCUCCUUUUUUCGAAGCAACCCCCUGGUUUCGCUGAUGAGGCGUGCUUCGCGCUUCAGCCUCACCCGCUCCAUGAGCGAGUCUCGGCCCAGCCGCUCGUCCAGGCCUACAGACGAUGAGGAGGGUAGCCACGCUACUGCAAAAAGCAGCGCUUGGCGACCCACUAUGGCACGCACUACUGACCGAGCUUCUUUGGGAGGCGGUCAUGCAAGAGCACUUUCUUUGGCGCUCACAGUCGUCGUCGCCUUCGUCGCCGUCACACUCCUGGCUGGAUUCUUCGUUGUGUUUGCAAAAAAGUGGGGAGGUGACCACGCACCGAAGGCGUUUCAGCGCGGCAGACCCUCACUGUCACAGCUGCAGCGGCUCUGUUCUGUUGUAGCCUGCCGACGAUGUGUGAGCGCCCUCGUAGAUGGCCUGCUGGAAUGGGACGAUUCAAGCAGCUGUGCUCACUUUGGACAGUACGUGUGCGGCGGCUGGACCAAGCACAGUGCCCGUCGACGAAGCUUCAACGACGAGGCCCUGGAACGGUCCAUGGAGCGUCUGCACACGGCCAUGGUGCAAGUGAGCACUGCUGGGAAUGGACUCGCCGGCGGCACUGACGAGUCCAACAUGGCGUUAUUUUACAAGAGCUGUAUCGGCUUCCUGAUGCACGAGCAAUUGACCCGUGCGUCGGACGUUCUGAGAGCGCUCAAUAUCAGUGCCGACGGACUAAGAUUGAUCGAGACUCAGCGAAUACUCUUCCGAUUCGUCGUGCGGACCAGCCUCCGCACCGGCCUGCCGUCAGUGGUCAGCGUCGUGCUCAGGGGAUCCCAACUUGUCUUGGACGCCGGGCGCAGCCUCGAACUCGCUCUACUUCGCGGCCAGGUCGAGCAAUACCUGACCGAUACUCUGAAGGAGCUGAGGUUCGAUAAUGACAAGAACUUGAUCCCGGCAUUCCUGGCCAUCGACGCAUCCGUCACGUCUUCGUUGAAAAAGGUAAAGGAAAGCGACCCUUUGGUGGUGCGGCGGCUCGGCGAUCUCAACACGCCCUUCGCCAACACCACGUGGACCGAGGCCCUGAAUGCUUUACCUGCCAAGUUUCCCGCCUUUACUGCCGGCAGCUACGUCCAAGUCCGGGAUGAACCGCUGCUCUACGCUUCCCUGAGUGCGAUGUCUAGUGUUGACGUGGAGCGCGCCCGCCUGUAUGCGAUUGUUGUUCUACUAGCGCAAGUCAUUAGAUAUCGCUACAUCCUUGGAGGUGGUGUAACAACAAGCUCCUCGCCAGCGCUCACCUACGAGUGUCUCUCCACAACUGGAAGGCACUUUCCGGCGGUGUUCCUGCCCUGGUCGUACGACACCCUAGUGGAAAGGGGUGCACCUAAGAAAAUUAGGCAGAUGGCAGAAAUUAUGAAGGAGUCGUUUCGAGCCGAAGUGGGCUUUUACGGCGCUGACUUGGGCAACUGGAGCAUCACCAUCGUGGGGGAGAGCAGAGAGUCAUAUUACAAUGCGACAAGAAUGGUGACCCCUUCAGUGAGUGGCAAGUCAGCGCCAUACGACGAGGCGUCCUUCCUUGUGAACGUUGUUCGAGCCCGCGCUGAAUCCGUGGGCAAGGAGUGGGACGAGGAUGGUGGCGUCGACAGGCAGCUCCGAGCUUCGCUUCAGUUCGAGCCAUCGCCACCAUCAUCAAACAGAGAGGCUGGCCACGUGAUCACCAUGUCGGCACCUCUCCUCGCCGAUCCCCUUUUCAUCGGUGACCCCGCACUUGUCGAGCUGGACUACGGCACAGUGGGGGUCAGCUUACUGGCUGAGUGGCUGGAUGCAGAGUUGCGAAGUAAUGUGCCAUUCAGAGAAAUGAUUGACAAACUCAGCCCGCGAUGUCCACCGGACGAUGUCGGGAAAGAUCCAAUCCUCGACAUCGCUGGUAAAGGCAAGCAGGCAGCGAAUGAAACGUCAUACGCAAUUUCUGCUGACGUCAUCACGGAACUGGCUUUGCGCACGGCACUGGCGGCUUCCAGGGCGACCCGCCAGCUGCCGCAACGCAAGUCAGCGGCGUCACCUUCAGGGACGGCGGAGCCUGAAGUGCGACGAAAGGAGGCAUGGCUGCUGCGGGACCACGUCUUCUUCUGGCGUUUCUGCCACUCGCUGUGCGGAGACGUCCAGCGAGCCGGACUGUGCGACCGUGUGAUGCCUCGUGUGCCGGGCUUUGCGGAGGCCUUCGCCUGUGGCCCUGCCGAGACCCCGUGUAUCGCUGCGGCCAGCGCUGUCCGUCUUGCGACAACUUCUAUUUGAGCUCAUUUAAGCGCCCCACUUUUCAGAGACCGAGGCUGAAAACUGACCAAACGUACCGCGUGACAGAUUUCAGGGCCUCAGAGUAGAUCUUUUUUUUUUCUAUCAAAACACGCUUUCGCCCAUUUGUUCUCACAGCGUUGAAUCUUAGAAAUGCUUUAAGGCCAGAAUACAUGGAGCGAAUAUGCGACGAAUAGUCGGCGUUCGACGCCCGGCGGCGUACGCGCGACGCGCGGCGGCGGAGAAAUCGUCUUUCGCCGCCGAUCCAGCUGGCGCAGAAAAGUUCGUCGGGCGUCGGCGAUACCGGAAGCGGCAAACGAGCGGCGCCCCAAAGCGAGCCAAUCAGGUCUCACUAUCCGCCCCGACUUCCGACCUGGCUUCCCCGCUUGUCCGUGUAUCCCGAUCCCGCUCUAUCGUUCACGCUGGUCUCCCGCUUUUCGUGUUCGUGGUAUCCAAAGAGGCGCGGCUGGAAUUUAACGACAAAUUAAUUUCGGCUGUUCAGAAGCGUGCCAUCCUGUGGGACAUUUCUAAACAAAAUUUUACGCGUUUUUAGAGUGUUCCGCAAUUCAAAAGCAAGAAUAGUUGUCGUUAAAGUUUUUUUUUUUUUGUCAUGUGUUUCACUACAGCGCUUUUGCCUCGUCUAGCCACACUGAUAACAACGCAGCGGCUCGCCGGCGGCGGCCGCCGUGUGUUCGCUCCAUGUAGCGCAGCCCGACGAACAUACGGUGUCGCGCCGCGGCUGAUUUUCCGCCGCCCGAACAUCGUCGUGAAAGUUCGCUCCAUGUAUUCUGGCCUUUAGUGUGAGUUUCAAAGGGAUGCAGUAUAUGAAUAUUCUGGUUUCGAUGGUGAUCUAGUUUUAGAGCUUUAACUGGUAUUGAUUUUUGCCGUCGUACGUUUAGUGCUUUAUACUGUCGACUUCCUUUUUUUUUCCUAACGUAGUUCUGUGUGGAACCUGCAGACUCAUUUUAAUUGUUCUACAAUUGUUUGGAGAUUCGCAAUCGCUUGAAUUAUAAAUGCUCAAAGAAAUUUUCUGCAGCGCAA